UCUACCUACAGUCAGUACUGGACACGCUUCAUCAACACCACUGACUGGAAGUCUGCGACACCACAAAUUCCUUGUCCCUCGUUCAACUUCUCUCUUCCUUUCCACCCCACCACGAUCCUUACAAGAGAGCGCCAAAUACAACCGCAGCCAUGUUUGAUGUCGACUGGAUGAGCCUUGUGCUCCCUUUCGCCUACCUGACCGUUCUCGGUGGCGUUUUCAUGACGUUUUCCACCAUCUACAGAAAGCGCAAAGCCACCCAAAGCGCCAACCUGGCCCCAUGGUUCGGCCCUCACCUCCAGCGCAACAUCUACCUGUCCCUCCUGCACCUCGAAUCGCCCGAAGAGGGCCAGGAAAAGGCCCCCAAGAUCCCUCACACCGUUAUUAAGGCUGCACUCCUCCGCCGCGCCGUCGAGGACAUCCACCGUCUGGUCCAAAUCCGCUCCGCCAAGCAGGCCUGCAGCACGUUGCUGCAACGGGGAAGCGUCGGCGAUGAUCUGUGGCAGCGCUUUCAGCGCGCAGAGAAGGAAAUGGAGGAUGAGCUGCGCGACGUUGUUAUGGAGGCCAACGCCCUCGCUCCCAACUGGGGCCAGUCAAUCUUCCAGUCCGCCAACGAGAUCGCCGCCAACACUAUCGCACGCAGUCGCCUUGAGGAGGUUUCCAACACCGUCGAGCAGGAGAAGGCGUGGUGGGAGAAGCGCAGGGCGACGAUCCAGACAGAUUUCAUGAAGGAGCUCGAUGAGUCUGAGAAGAGCUCGACCGCUCCGCCUAGUGUCGACGGCGAUGCUGUUCUCGUUGAUUCCAGCGCAGCCAACACCCCCUCCAAGAAGAAGAAGGGCAAGAAAUAGACAAGCGCGCGCAAUGCCUUUUCCCCUCAUCUUGCGGCCAAAAAGAUUAUUCUGUUCCCCAUCGUCUUGGAAACAUUCCCCACCCCUCCAAAUGUGGACUCGGCGCUUCGCAUCACCCCCUCCCCCCCAAUGAUCUUUAGAUACCUCAUCCCCCUUGGUGUAUGAUACGGCGAAAUGGCAAAGAAUCAAUGGCAUUCGACGGCUGUCCGGUUGCGUAAGGCGUUCAGGGUAAUUAAUGGUCAGGGAAAUUUUAGUU